AUGAAAAAUGUAAACAAAAACAGAUUAAAUUGCAAAUUAUUGAUCGAAACAAGAAAAUAAAAAGAACAUACUCCUUAAAAAUUAAAGAAUACUAUAUAAAAUACUUUCAAUCAAUUUAAUUUUAUUGAAUCAAGUAAAACUUAAGAGAUUAUUUUAUAAUAAAAUCUAAAUAAGACAUAAUAGAUAAAAUUUAUAGAAUAAGAAGAAAGAUUAAUAGUGAAUAAUAAUAAUACUAAAAUGAAUAAUUUAAAGUUAAAGCAAAAUAAUUUCCCACAAAUGAUGAAUAGAUUGUUAAUCAACUUUCAUCCUCUGAUAAUAAACGUUAAAUAAUUAAAUGUGAAAUAAAUAUGUAAAUCAUAAUAACAAUCACGUAGAAGGAGAUUUAUAACAACAUAAGAGAAAUAUGAAGAAAAUACUAAUAAUUAUAUACAAUUAUUAAGUGAGAGAAGAUGUAUUACAAAUAAUGGAUAUUAUUAAAAUUAGAGAUUGUAAACAUUUUGUAGUUGGUCUCGAAAAAGUUCAGAUAAUCUUUCCAUAAAAAAAAAUUAAUUUUGA